GGAGCCGGAGCCUGCGGACCGGAAGUGUCGGGGUGCGCACCUGCAGGUGUUUGCCGCAGUUCGGCUGUUGAGUUGUGCGUGCAGCGGAGCGCUGCCGCUUCAGUUUAGCGGGUAAAGUUUUCUGUCUGUGUGUCUCUGACAUGAAAACCGCGUGAAGCUUCGGACUGAGCGCGGGACCUUCAGGACGACCACCAGCAUCAGGGCGUCCUCAUUGGCUGAGAACGAGCUGGAGGUGGAGUCAGAGUGACGGGGCCGUGUAGUGGGCGGGACUUCCUCUGAGCAGAGGACAAAAUGUUGCUGACUUCCUGCUCCGCCCCCUGCAGCUCCACCUGGCUCUGGUGCCUCCUGAUGAUGCUGACAGCUCCUCCAGCAGCUCUCGCGGGCGACCUGACGGAGCCGUGCGGCGGUCGGGACUGCUCCACCUGUCAGUGUUUCCCAGCCAAAGGAGCAAGGGGUCCUCCAGGUCCUACGGGGCGGCAGGGCCCUCCAGGCCCCCCUGGCUUUCCGGGCCCCCAGGGGCCUGCAGGAGAGAAGGGCCAAAGAGGAGAUGAGGGUCCAAUAGGAGCUGCAGGACCGAAGGGAGACGUGGGAAGUGCUGGUGUUCCUGGUUUUCCAGGUUUAGAAGGACUCCCGGGUCACCCGGGUCCUGCCGGAGGACCUGGUUUUCCUGGGCUGGACGGAUGUAAUGGAACCAGAGGAGACAGAGGAGGUCCUGGACUUCCUGGAGAAUUUGGACCUGACGGAGAACGGGGUUUACCAGGACUGAAGGGAUUUCGGGGAGAUCCAGCGGUCUUCUUCAUACAGUACCCUGGAACAACUGGGGAAGUCGGGCCCCGUGGACUUCGUGGUCUGCCGGGUGAACAAGGUCGCCCUGGUCUGAUCGGAGCUCCGGGUCCUGCAGGACUGGACGGGACCAACGGUUUCCCUGGUCGGCCUGGUUCCAGGGGUUCACCUGGGGAAAAAGGUCGAUCCCUGCCCGGACAGAAAGGAGAUGAGGGUGAGCAGGGCCCCCAGGGGCCACCGGGGCCGUUUGAGUACGUCGACCCUCCAGAAGACCUGUACAUCAAAGGAGAACAGGGUCCUCAAGGUGUUAAAGGUGUCUGUGGAGUUCAGGGACAGCCGGGUUUGGACGGUCUGCCAGGGAUCAAAGGAGAGAGGGGAUUCUGGGGUUUCCUGGACCCAGGGGAUUAUCUGGUUACACCGGGCUGCUCGGAGAGAAAGGGUUCAAGGUGGGUCAACAAACCGUCUUUGUGA